UCCUGUCCAGAAGAUAAUUAUAAGUUAGUAAUAGCACUUCAGAAAAUGGGAGAGAUACAGGUUAUUAUUAAUCUGAGAUUAUUCUUUAAAACAAAUAUGUGCUUAGUAAAUUUUUACCAGAUUUAAGAGGCUACCUUCUGCUCAAUUAAACUAGGAAAUAUUGAGCACUGGGAUCUUCUGAAAAUGAGACCAAUGAGCCUUAUUGAAUACAACCAUCACUCAAGGGCUAUUGUAAGAACAUUUUUAAAUUAAUAACAAAUCUUAUUCCAAGGUUUUAUGCACGAAUUUUAUUUUUAGAAAUAAUUUAAGUUACUUCCAGAAUUUAUCAGAUUUUCUUUGAAAUAAAAAGUGUCAAAAAUCCUUCAAAAUAAUGUUUAAUAUUAAUUUCCCUGCUCGUUCUCAUCAUCAAGCCAUUUUAUAGUGGCUUUUACAGGAGAUGACACAGGAGACGCUCCAUCUCUUAAGAAAGCUGAUGUUGGAAUUGCAAUGGGCAUCACCGGAGCUGAUGUUGCCAAAGCUGCCUCAGACAUGAUCUUGCUUGAUGACAACAUUGCUUCAAUCGCUAAGGCUCACUUCUGGGCAAGUACAAUACCUCAAAAUAUUAGAAGAUUAGUCCAAGUGCAGUUGGUCCUGAACCUGCCCAUCUUGUCUAUCUUGGUGAUGGGAAGCAUCUUUCUGAGAAAGCAGCCUCUGAAGUCUGUGCAUUUUCUAUGGGUCACAUUCAUCGUUGAUUUCUUAAGUAUCGUUGCUCAAUUCGGAGAUGGAAUAAUGAGUAAAUGGUCCAUUUUGAUUAAACAAGAUUCCAGCCCAGCAGGAUCUGGCUACAUCACCCAGAAAGUACUCAAGCACAUUGUCAUCAUGGUGUUGUUCCAAACUCUUGUGAUUUUGCUAUUAAUCUGGCUUUAAGAACUCAUGAUUCCUGAAGAUGACGACUAUUGCCCUAACACAGAUGGAGACUUUGUGCAUCCUGGAAGAGCCUACACCUGGGCAGAACAGAACUUUACAAGAGAGUGCCCAAAAUCGAUCAUGGACAAGAACCCAGCAGACAUUACACAGUGGUGUUCAACACAUUCGUGUUCAUGCAAAUAUUCGCUGGAUUUUGUGCCAGGACCAUGAACGAUGAACUCAACAUUUUCUGAGAAAUUCACCAGAGAGUGUUGUUCUUGGCUUCGAUUGAAGGCGUAAUGGUUGUACACUUCGUGGUGACUCAGUGGACAUAAGACAUCUUCCAAGUGUCCAGGAAGGGUCUUCAUUGGUCGCACGGGUUGUUCUCAAUUGGAGUGGCCUUGUCUGUGUUCAUAGUGAACCUAUCGACAAAACUAGUGCCAGAUAAGGUGUUUCCAGACCUCUUCAAUAGUAAGAAGACAAAUCAAAUCCACAAUGAAGAAGGAAGAAUAGAUAAAACUGAAGAAGUGAGUGAGAGGGAUAAAUUCUUUGUUA